AUGCUACUAUUAUUUGUCAUUACUGCUCUUCUUGUAACGCCAAUAACAGGCGAUUCAUGUGAAUCAUAUAAUCAUCCUCAAUAUGGUAAGACUGGUCGAUGUAUCAAAACAUCUAAUUGUCCAGGUGGUCUUUAUAUAUCGAAUUUAUGUGAAAGUAAACCAAAUGAUAUCAAAUGUUGUUUUGCAUCAUCAACAUCUACUGCUAAUUGUCCAAGUAUUGUUACUCGUUCUGGAUGGGGUGCACGAGCAGCUAAAAGUAAAACAGCAAUGACAACACCAGUACCAUAUGUUGUUAUACAUCAUACAACUGGUGGUACAUGUACAACUAAAAGUGCAUGUAUUACUAAAAUGAAAGGUUUUCAAAACUAUCAUAUGGAUUCAAAUGGCUGGGCAGAUAUUGGAUACAGCUUUUUAGUAGGUGAAGAUGGCAAUAUUUAUGAAGGCAGAGGUUGGACAUAUGUUGGUGCACAUACUUAUGGCUAUAAUUCUAAAUCAAUCGGCAUUUCGGUUAUUGGCGAUUAUACUUCUCGAAAACCCAAUGCAGCAGCAAUUAAUGCAGUUAAAGCAUUAAUUAAAUGUGGUGUUUCGAAAGGUCAUAUCAAGAGUAGUUAUAUCCUUCGAGGACAUCGAGAUCUGGAUAGUACAGCUUGUCCAGGUAAUUCAUUCUAUAAUGAAAUAAAAAAAUGGAAUAACUAUCGAUCACUUGUUCGUUCUGAUAUGGGCCCUUCAUUUAAUGUACCGGAAGAUUAUCUUGUUAUGCAAGAUAUGUAA